CCGCCCCGAGGCGGAGGUGCUGGAGUAGGGACAGGCCCGUCGGGACUCUUACUUCGGCGAGGAGCCCGCAGUUCGUCGUGCCCGCCCCGCUCCGCGCCGGGCAGCUCUUCCCCGCUUCUCGCAGCCAGCAGCCAGGUGCUCCGUCUCGGGAUGCUGCCCAACCUCAGCGGCUAUUACCGCUUCGUCUCCCAGGAGAAUAUGGACAAUUACCUGCGCGCGUUGGAUAUCAACGUGGUCCUGCGCAAGGUGGUCUGCCUGCUGAAGCCUGACAAAGAGAUCAUACACACAGGAGACCACAUGGUCAUCCGCACAAUCACCUCCCUGCGGGACUACGUCAUGGAUUUUGACCUUGGGGUCCAGUUUGAGGAAGACCUGGGACCCGUAGAUGGGCGCAAGUGCCAGACGACUGUUUUCUGGGAGGGUGACCAGCUGGUAUGUGAGCAGAUAGGGGAGAAGAGGAACCGCGGCUGGCGACACUGGCUAGAGGGAGACCGGCUGCAUCUGCGCAUGACGGCUGAAGAUGAGGUCUGCGUUCAGGUCUUCCAGAAAGUGAAGUGACCGCUGGCUGCUGGGACACAUGCCCAGGUCGGGGCCCCACUCUCCAGUGUGAACUGCUUCAGAUUAAAGAAGCAAACUCGAUGGCAGCGAGCCAGGCUCCCUGUA